GGGGGCGGUAACAUAAAAAAGGUUGAAAAACACUGUUCUAGAGUUAUAGAUAUGGUUAGCCGACAACCAGAUUGACAGCGAUAGCAACCAAAUAAACCAGAUAAGAUUUCGAAGCAUUUACACGGUAGAUAAAGUACUCAGACACUAAAGUUCGCCAGAGUACAAAAUUCCACUCUGGCAUUAACUCUGUUGCGUGUUUACACGCCUCUGGUUAUAAUUGGCAGCUAUGUCACUAGAGUUCUGGCAAUAAAACUCUAGCGUGUGCGAAGGCCUUAAGACCGUGACCAAAAUUAUUCCUUAUCAUUUAUUUUUUAUCACUAACUGUGGUUCUAUAUAAUCACAUUCUUCACCACGUGAAAAUAAUAACUGAAAUCAUUGAAAUUAUUUCAAAUAAUUUAAAUUUACUAUGUAAAGUGUGAAUAUUAUUUCAGAUUAUUUAAAUAUUAACUUAAAAAUUCAAAAUGAACGCUAAAAGAAACUGUGCUGUUAAGAAACAGCCAAUACUAAUCAACCGGACUCCAGAAAUUAUUGAAUCUCGGUCAAAAUUGCCCAUUAUUGGUGAAGAACAAGUUAUAAUGGAAGCAAUUUCUGAAAACGAUGUCAUUAUUGUAGUUGGUGAAACAGGAAGUGGAAAAACUACUCAAGUACCUCAAUUUUUAUAUGAGGCUGGAUAUGCAAAUGAAAAUAUGAUGAUUGGUGUCACAGAACCUAGACGUAUUGCUGCAAUAUCUGUAUCACAACGUGUUGCCAAAGAAUUAAAUGAAACUUCAGACAUUGUAUCAUACUUAAUACGUUUUGAGGGGAAUGUAGGACCUAAUACAAAAAUAAAAUUUAUGACUGAUGGUGUAUUAUUAAAAGAAAUUCAAAAUGAUUUCUUACUUAACAAAUAUUCAUCAAUUAUCUUAGAUGAGGCCCAUGAAAGACGAAUAUUUACAGAUAUACUGAUUGGAAUUUUAUCUCGUGUUGUACGUUUACGUCGAAAAAGAUCUAAUCCAUUAAAGUUAAUUAUUAUGUCAGCUACUCUUAAAGUUGAUGACUUUUCAAAAAAUGAAAAAUUAUUUUUCGAUAAACCACCAAUAAUUUUAUUGAGUUCAAGACAGUUUCCUGUUACAAUUCAUUUCAAUAAAAUAACACCAAUUGACUAUUUAGCUGAAGCAUAUAACAAAGUAUAUAAAAUUCAUACUAAAUUACCAGCUGGUGCUAUUUUAGUGUUUUUAACUGGAAAGUUAGAAGUUAGACAAUUAGUAUUGAAGCUCCGUAAAGUAUUCCCAUACAAAGAAUCUGAUUUUGAAGUUGGUUCUAAGACAAAAUGUAAAACAAACCUUAAAAAAGAAAUGUCAAAACCUUUGCCUGAUAUUAAUUUAGAUGACUAUGAUAUUGAAAGACAUUCAGAUGAUGAAUUAACACUUUCGGAAAACUCUAGUAAUGAUGAAGAUAAUGAUGAAGUACCAAGAAAAAUUAUGAGAUUAACAUCUUCACCACUAUGGGUGCUUCCCCUUUAUUCAAUGUUACCUGUUCAUAAACAAUCAAAGAUAUUUGAAGCUCCUCCUUCAGGUUGUCGCUUGUGUGUUGUUAGUACAAAUGUCGCAGAACUUUCUUUAACUAUACCUAAUGUUAAAUAUGUUGUUGACUGUGGAAAAACUAAAGUUAAGGAAUAUGAUCCAUUGACAAGUGUUUCGAGAUUUUCAAUUGUUUGGGAAAGUAAAGCAUCUGCUAAUCAAAGAGCAGGAAGAGCUGGAAGAACUUCACCUGGACAUUGUUAUCGGCUAUUUUCAUCUGCACUAUUCAAUGAUGAGUUUCCUGAAUGGAGUUUGCCUGAAAUAAAAACCACACCUAUUGAUAAUGUUAUUUUACAAAUGAAAAAUAUGAAAAUUGAUAAAAUAAUUAGUUUUCCAUUUCCAACAAUGCCAGAUAAACAAACUAUUAUAGAAGCAGAAAAAAGAUUAAUUUUACUAGGUGCCUUAGAAGUUGGUAACAAUGAUGUCAACAACAUUACACCUUUAGGAAAAAGUAUGGCGGCUUUUCCAUUAUCUCCUCAUUAUGCUAAGAUGUUGUGUUUGAGUAAAGACCGUAUUUUAAUACAAUAUAUGUUGUAUAUAAUUUCUGCUAUGUCAGUGCAAGAGUAUUUACCUGGAGAAAAUGUUGAGGCUUGGAAAAAAACAAAACUUUCAUGGGUUGUCAAAGGCGAAUUUUUACUCCUGGGUGACCUAAUGGUUAUACUUCGAUCCAUGGGUGGUGCAAGCUAUGCUAUGAAAAAAUCUGGUUUGGGAGGUUUACAAGAAUAUUGUAACAAAACAGGAUUACAUCAAAAAUCAAUAUUAGAAGCUUGGAAAUUAAAUAAUCAAUUAAUAAAUCAACUCAACAUGAGUGUACCAUCUUUAAAAUUGAAUACUGAUUUAGAUAUGACUCUACCUACACCAAUACAAGCCAAACAAAUGAGACAAAUAAUAUUAGCUGGAUUUUUAGAUAGAGUAGCUAGACGAUUAACUACAAAUGAACUAAGUAAAAACAAUAUAAGGCCAAAUAAAGCUGCUUAUUAUACAUCUAACUUAUUAUCAGUAGUAUACAUACAUAAUAGUAGUGUAUUAAAGAAAAGUAAACCUGAUUGGGUAGUUUAUCAAGAUAUAUUUGAAGUACAAAAUAAAAUGUAUAUUAAAGGUGUCACUGCAAUUGAACCUGAAUGGCUACCUGUAUAUGCUAACAAAUUAUGUAAAAUAUUAAAAGUAUUAAAUGAACCUAAACCUAGAUAUAAUGAAGAAACUGAUAAAAUGUACUGUACUAUUAAUGCAACUUAUGGCCAAGCUGGAUGGUCAUUACCACAGGCUGAAAUUGAAUUUCCUGAUAUUGAACAAAAAUAUUCUUGGUUAGCAUAUUUUAUACUAAACGGAAAUGUAUUUGCUCCAUUGAAAAAUUUUAGACAAUAUUUGUUAUCUGAACCAGAUCUCAUACUUAAACCAUGGAUGAAAUUCUUGAAAGAUUCAUUUUAUUUACUUGUUCGAAAAUUAAACGAAAACCGUGACGACUCAGCAACAAAAAUUAAAAAACGAUGGUUAAAUAAUUCAACAUAUUUAUUAGAAGAAUACUUAAAUUGGUUACCACAAACAGCACAUAAAGAAGUAAAAUCUAUAUGGCCACCGUCAAUAUAAAUUUAAAUUGUCUUGUAAAAUAAUUUAAAAUAAAAUAAUUUUUAUGCAA